UUCGUAAAAUUUACUUGCAGAGGAAAUGAAUUCUAAGGAAGGGACUGUUCUGGAAGAGGAGACAGAUAUAAAGGCUCCGGAAGCUUUGAACAAUGGCGUAGAUACAUCAGCUGAAAAACAGGAUGGACCUAUCGAGGAUCUCCCAGCUCCGCUGCAGGGGGAGGAAGAGAAAAUAGUUCCAAUGCAUAGACAAACAAAGUCAUUAGAUGAAACAACAUCAGCGAACAAUCUUAAUGUUCCUUACAAGGAGCGAAGGAAUGGAAGACGAGGUUCUACCUGUCAAGCGCUUCACAAGAUCCCAACUAUAGUCCAGCCCUUGAGCUCACCAGAGGAGAGAACUUACCUGAAGAAGGAAGAUUUAACGGAAGAGGAGAAAAAGGGAAACGUCUCCAUUUUCCAGGAUUUUAUGCGAACCGAGUUUCCUGAAGAAGAAAUGUUGGAUAGAUCGUUUAGGGACAAGGAUAAAGAUUGUGUUGUUAAAACUUGGAUCUUAGAGGUGCUGGGUGAGCUAGAUGAUAAUCUGAAAGCUAGGAAUAAGAAACUUCAGGAUACAGGAGAACUGGAGUUCUACCUUCAGUCUGGAAUAGUUCUCUGCUCUCUUGCAAACAAGAUUGUUCCGUCCCUUAACAUAGAUACGUCAACCUUACAGAGUAAGAACCUGAUAUCCCGGCGGCUGAAUAUCAGUGCAUUUCUCUCAGCUGCAGCUGAUUACGGAGUACCAGACGAAUACCUGUUCAAACCAGAUGAUCUGGCAACCCUGGCACAUGUUCACAAAGUGACAAGAACUUUGUACGCGUUUGCUGAGCUUACUAAACAAGAUCCGUCCUACACCGGGCCUGAGUUUAACUCAGACCAGAUCCUCAGGGAUCUUAUCACUCAGGGUAUUCGUCGAAAGUCCUCUUGCAGGGAUAUGGAGCAAGUUAACACCAGUAUUCAUUCAAUAUUUGAGAACCUUAUGCAGGACGUACAGCGAAGAAAUUCCCUUUCUCCGAGGGGGCCUCCGAAAAAUAUUUAUAAAAAUUUCUAAGUGUGUUUUAAAUUGAUUUAAGCAGGCUGUUCACGUUUUGGCAAACAAUUUUAAAAUAUCAUGCAAUCAAUGUAUAAUAAUAAUUAAGAUAUUUGAUUCUUUGUAAAUAAUUAUAUCUAAAGGAAUAACUAUAUUUGAUAGAUUUUCUGAAUUGGACAGUUUCUGAACUUCGUGAACAGACUCUUUAUACUAAGACAUUUUACCAAUUUUUGAAAACAUUUAGUUUUGUUGGCGGCAUUGUCGUUAAAUUGUGAAUUUUGUUUGUUUUACCUAUUUAAAUUU